CGCACGUUGAUGACGUAACAACCAGCGCGACAAGGGAAGUGAUCGGCCAGCACUACUCAAACACUUCUAAUAAUAUAUUUUACUGCUUGAAACCGAUGAAGAGACAACUGAGGAGAUAUCUUUAGAGUGAUGGCGGCGGGGAGGGGAGGAGAUAUUGUCUCAGAGUUCCUCAGUCAAAACCCCCAUCUGGAAAACUGGGUGGAAUCAUUAAAAGGAUACUGUGAGACGAAUAAACAGUGGCAUGCUAGACGAGAGUUUAUCCUGCGGAAUAUGGAAAUCUUUCCUACCAUUCGUCCUGGGACUCCAAGUCAGAGUUUGGACAGACUACUCUCUCUUUCCAUGGUUUGGGCGAACCAUGUGUUUCUCGGUUGUCGAUAUCCACAACCUGUAAUGGACAAAGUAAUGGAGAUGGCAGAAGGAGUCACUGUACACGACGCCCCUGAGAGGAAGACUAGGGAUGAAAUCAUGGGGAAAGCAAAAAGACCUGCCAGCUCUGCAGUGGAUGGUGACCUCCAGGUAAAGAAAACAAAACCCAAUGAUUCAGACUCUAAAGCUCAUGUAAAGAGCACAGUGAAAACAGGUCCUUCACCAGGGGCUCCUGCAGAACACCAGCCCUUUUUCAAUCGACUCUACAAGGCCGUUGCAUGGAAGCUCGUGGCCGCCGGCGGCUUCGGCCCCAACCUUGAACAUUACGACAUCCUGCGCAGUUGUGUGGAGUCAUGCAAGGCCACUCUUAGCAGCGUGUUUGUUCCACUCAAAGACAUUCCUGACCUGCCUACGGCACGUACCCAGAAAGAAGGGCAGGUAUGUGAACUACGCUGCCACACCGUCUACAUGGGUACAGGCUACGGACGUGACGAGUCUACCGCCAGAGCGAUGGCCUCCAAGGAAGCGCUCAAAGUGUUUCAAGGGCAGAAAGUGACAGUGAAAAUGUGUCGCCGCAGGUUCCAAGGAAGAGACGUAGAAGAUUUGGUUCUGCUGGAUGAAAAGCCCAGAGGUCAAGUUUUUCCCCCAGCUCUGUGCUACCCUUUUUAGGAAGACCAGCAGAGCUCCAGUCCUUAAGAAUGGUAUCAAUGAAGAUUUUCUCAAUCUUAAAUGUGUUCUUGUUUUGUUGAAUGUAAAUUCACGUUCAGCACACGGUGAUAAUCAUUCAAAAUGACACAAUGAAGAAAGAUUUAUGCAGUGGUUUGUGAAAAGUUUUGUGCCUUGUUUACGGUUUUUGGUUGGCAGGUUUAAUAAGGUUAUACACCCGGUUCUAUCUAAACUUAAAAAUGCUGGACACUUGUUGGAAAAUUGCAAAUGGUUUAUAGAAGCUGCUGUUUUAAUUAGUAAAGCUCAAUUAGGAUUUGUUUUAUUUAUUGCUAAAAAAUUACAUUGAGAAUAGUCUGCUAAAGCUAAAGCUGUAAUAUUUAAGUGUCCAUCUAAAACAAUAUAACAAUUUAGCAAGAAAAGCUAAAACUAUUUUAAUGUUUAGAUUUUGUUUAUUAUCAUUUUGAAGAACGAACAUAAAUCUGUUUCUUGCUACGAGCUUUUUAAGAAUUUGAUUGGAAUUUGUUUAUAUACAAAUUACAAAGCAACUUCUGUUAGCAGCAUAUUUAUAUUUUGCUCAUAAUUAUUUUGUUAGAUUUGACUGGCUUAAUGUUUUGCCUUGCUUGUAUUGAGCAUAUUUAUUUACAAAUACAUGUGAUAACCACUUUACUGGUCGUACACUGUCACAAAAGUGGGUAACCAUCUUGUCAUGGUCGUGGACCUUUAGACAGAUUUGUUGUCAAAUGUUUAAAUAAAAACUACCAUCUGUUUAAAAAAA